AUGGCUAGCCAUGGCGUUCGGCGAUUCAAGCCCGUGGAGAAGACUCCCGAAGAACGGCAGCAGGAGCUAGAGAAGAUAGAAGAGUACAAAUCACUAGAACAAGAGGUCUCGGAAAAGGUGGCCACACAUGAUUACACUGCCGACACCUUGAAGAAGAUCUCCGAGCUCUUGAAUCGGAAUCCAGAGUACUACACUAUCUGGAACCAUCGCCGGCAGGCCAUGAGGCACCAAUUCUCGGAAGCUGGAGAUAGCACUGAUGGGAGUACGACUCAGUCAGCUCUGCAGCUUAUCAAGAAUGAUUUAAUGUUUCUCAUCCCACUUCUGCGCAGCUUUCCCAAAUGCUACUGGAUCUGGAACUAUCGACUUUGGUUACUGGAUGAGGCUCGCCGGCUGCUCGCACUGCCCGAAGCUCGGCAGCUUUGGCAGGAGGAGUUCUUCUUGGUCGGAAAGAUGCUGACCCUGGAUAGUCGCAACUUCCAUGGAUGGGGAUACCGUCGCUUGGUUGUGGAGACCUUGAAACAGCUGGGAAGCCCGGAUGAAGCAAUAGGUAUGACCCAGAAGGAAUUUGAGUAUGCAAAGAAGAUGAUCGGCGCCAAUCUCUCCAACUUUUCCGCUUGGCAUUACCGCACCAAGUUGAUCCAGCGGCUGUUGGACGAACAAUCCGCGACUGAUGACGAGCGAAAGGCCAUGCUGGACGAUGAGCUAUCUCUCAUCCACCAAGCCUUGAUUGAUCCCUAUGAUCAAUCCGUGUGGUUCUAUCACCAGAACUUGCUGUCUGUAUUUGACCCGGCCACCGCAGACCGGACUAUGGCUCCGAACCUGACCACGUCUGAACGACUGGCUUAUCUUCGCCAAGAGAUUGAGAAUAUUCAAGAGAUUAUUGAUGGGGCUGAAGACUGCAAAUAUAUCUACCAGGCCUUGAUUGAGUGUACAGUGCUGGUAUCCAAGGUGACAGGCAUCCUGGAGGAGGAGGACCGAGACCAAAUAUUGAGCUGGCUCUCAGAAUUGAAGCAGUUGGAUCCACUACGACAACGCCGAUGGUUAGAUUUUGAGCUAUCACUGUAA